GAGUUUGGAGCAGAGGGCCCGUGGGGCAACAUGGCCGAAGGGGCGAGUAAAGGCGGUGAGGAGCCCGUGCGGCUGCCGGAGCACGAGGAGGAGGAGGAAUCCCCGCUUUGGCACGGAGCCGGCCACUGCAAAUGGUUCAAUGUGAGGAUGGGAUUCGGGUUCAUCUCCAUGAGCAGCCGAGAGGGAAGCCCCUUGGAGUCCCCGGUUGAUGUCUUUGUGCACCAAAGCAAGCUUUACAUGGAAGGAUUUAGAAGCCUAAAAGAAGGAGAACCAGUGGAAUUUACUUAUAAGAAAUCUUCCAAAGGCCUUGAAUCAAUACGGGUAACAGGCCCUGGUGGGAGCCCCUGUUUAGGAAGUGAAAGACGACCCAAAGGGAAGACAGUACAAAAAAGAAAACCAAAGGGAGAUAGAUGCUACAACUGUGGUGGCCUCGAUCACCAUGCUAAAGAAUGUAGUCUACCUCCACAGCCAAAGAAGUGCCAUUACUGUCAGAGCAUCAUGCACAUGGUGGCUAACUGCCCCCAUAAAACUGUUUCACAACAGCCCACUAGUUCUCAGGGAAGACAUGAAGCUGAACCCCAGCCUUCCACUUCUGCUUUCCUGAGAGAAGGGGGAGGAACGUAUGGCUAUUCAUCUCCAUCGUAUUCUCAGGAGGGAAGGUCAGAGAUCUCAGAGCGUUCAGGCAGGUCACCACAAGAAGCUUCUUCAAGUAAGUUAUCUGCAUCACCCGAAGAACCAAGCAGAAAGGGGCCUUCUGUUCAGAAAAGGAAAAAAACUUAAAGCAUUUUCCGUACCUUUCCAUUUUCUUUAUCCUCUUGGGAUGUCUACCUCAUGCAAGUACAGGGGAAAUAAUUUCAUUAUCAGUAGCUGAUGUGGAAUUUUAACUACUGUUGAGGAACUGUGAUUUUUUUUUUCUUUAAUAGACAAAUCACUCCAAGCAAAAUCCAUUUGAGCAGGGUGCAUUGCAUUUUACCUUCUGUAUGUGUGUGUGAGUGUGCACGUGCGUGUAUGUAUACGUAUCUAUGAGUAUAUAUUUUUUUCAUCAGGACACUCUCCAGCUCCCACAGUGUUACUGUGAAGCAAUAGACACAGUACCCAUAAAUGUUCCUGAACUCGUUCCCAGAAUCUGUUUUCAAACAUGUUCAAAAAACAAAUAAGAAAACCCAAGAAACCUCGCAAAAUGAAACAAACCAAAUCUGAAAAACCACACUCAGAACUAAGAUAAAGGCUGUUACUUUCUUGUGAACCAAAGGAUAUGUUCAUAUUUUAAAGCUGCCAUAUGGUACUAAAGAUACUAAGACAUCCCCCAGCCAUCAAUUUGAGUUACUUUCUUUGUCAUCUCCACAGAACAUCACUUUCCCCAUUCGCACCCCUCCACCCCCAUGCCUCAGAAGGGCAGUGUCACAACUAAACAUAGCUCUCAUUGCCACCGUCCUUUGGUGGUAAGGAGUUUAAAGCUCCAGAAAAGACAAUGAAUGUGUAGUUUCUGUGCUGGUUUCUCAAAAUGUUUUGUUAAAGUAAUAUGAGUGUAACUGUAAUUUAGAUGAUUGUUGUGUAGGGGAGACUGUGUAAGUUGUUAAAGAACAAACCUCUUUGAGUGGUAUCGGGAUACCAUUCUGUUGAACCUUUUGUAUUCUGUGAACGUUUAGGGGACCUUGGUGGCAGUAGUAGCAGCAGCAGCAGCAGCAGCAACUUCUCUUGGUCCCAGGUAGUGCCCUGCAAUUUGAAGGGGACUUGUCCCUUAUUUACUGUUGGGAGAAUUGUGUAGGGAUUUUUGUUGUUGUUG